GGGGGGGAGGGAGGGAGAUGCUCCGAGUGAAAGAGUCCUCGUCUGCAGAGGAAACGGCAGAAAGACAAAGAUGCGAAGCGAGUGAUGCGGCAAAGGGGAGGGAGCGGCUUCCAGUCAACGGGAGCCAGUCGGCACGACGGCAGCGAAAGACAAAGAUGCGGAGCAAGUAAGUGGGAGAAGAGGGCAGGAGCGCGACUGUGAGAGUGUGCGAGCAAACGAGAGGCAGAGCGGCGUGACGGAGAGCGGCGGCGGUCAUGGACGUGCAGCCCGAGACGAGCGCCGAGCCCCCGGCACGUGAGCCCCAACCCCCCGGCAGGAUAAACAAGGCCGCCUUCAAGCUGUUUGGGCGCCGCAAGCCCUGCGGGGCCGUACCCGCCAUCUUCUCGGCGCGGAGCAGAGGGGAGGCGAGCCAACCGGGCGGGACGGUCCCAGCGCUGCUCCGCAGCAAGACGCACGACGGACUGGCGGAGAGCGGCAGCGUGCUGGAGGGGGGCGGGGCCAACCCUGCCGGGGAGGAGCUCCAGGUCCAGGCGACGCGCAGCGCCGUCACCAAGUCUCUCAGCUUCUUCUCCCUGCUGCGGCGCAAUGGACGCGGGGCCGAGGGCGGCCGAGACGGCCGGGACGCCCGGGACGCCCGCUUCCCCAAGCAGAGGCGGGGCCUCAAGGGCCUCUUCGGGAGCCUGCGCUGGCCCCGCCGGGACAAGGGUCCGCACCCAGACUCGCAGGACAAGGAGGCGCCGGAAGGACGGCCAGGAAGCGGCGAGGGAGUCGAUCUGCUGCAGGAGGCCGUGAUGUUGAGCCUGGAGCCUCAGGCCAGCGCUGCCUCGGAGCCACUUGGCGACGCCCCCCUCGGCGACGCCGCCCCCGGCGCACAGGACCACGGCGGGAGAGCGAGAGAACGUCCGGGGGAUGCGACGGGACAGGUGCCGGGCUGCCUGCUGGAGAGCGGCGAGGCGUCGGGCGCCGCACUCGUGCCCUACGUGUCAGCGGAGCUCUCGCCUUCCAGGGCCCCGGGCUCCCCGGCCGAGCCCAGGUGCGACGGCCCCGAGGCCCGCCCCCUCCCCGCCGCCGGGCCCAUCAUGACGGUGACCCCAGCCGAGCCUCCGGCGGAGCCGAGCGUGGACCGCCUGUGCUCCAUGUUUACAGACGUCACGUCGCUCAAGAGCUUCGACUCGCUGACGGGGUGCGGUGACAUCAUCGCGGACGCCGAAGACGAGGGCGGGGGCAGCGGCGGCAGCGGGACGAGCAGCGGGACGGGUAGCAGCAGCGGAGGUGGCGCCGCAGGAGGGCCAGAUGGGAGGCAAGUGGCUCACGGAGCACACGAAUCUCCCGAAGUUCACAAAGCUGGGGCUCCUGCAGGUUGCGGUGCUUCUGCGGGUCAGGUACGCGCACCUCCCUCGGCCUCCAGCGCCGCUCCCGCUCCGCUGACCACCGCAGCGAUUCCGGCCAUCUUCAGGGGCCACGUGGACGCUCCAAAGGUCCAGGGCAGCGGGGUGGUGGCGUACAUGGGCGGGGGCGAGGAGAUGGCCAGCCCCGAAGAGAUGGAUGAUGCCGACAUGCAGGACCUGUGGCACAUGCUGCCGCGGAGCAACGAGGCCACGCCCCCGAGGCCCAAAGGGCCCCGCCCAGAGAAGAGGCCCCAAGUGAGAAUGCUGGGACUGAGGAAGAUCCCCCUGAGCGACGAGGCAGGGCCGGGGAGCAGCGAAGAGGGGCAGGGCAAAGAUCCGGCGCAGGAGGCCCCUCCCAACAGCGACGAGGGUUACUGGGACUCGCCGACACCCGGACCGGAGGAGGAGGAGCAGGAGGAGGAAGAGGAGGAAGAAGAGGAGGAGGAGGAGGAGGAGGAAGAGGAGGAGCGCUGCAGCCCCCCACCCCGAGACACCCUGCCGCGGGACAGCUGCAGCGGAGACGCGCUCUACGACCUGUACGUGGACCCCGAGCCGAGCAUGGGCCUGGCGCUGUCCGAGGACGAGCUCAAUUCGCUGCGCGCUCGCGGCUCCCAGCUCCCUGCGUCCGGCGGCGCCGCCGCCACCUCCUGCUCCUCCUCAUCCUCCUUCCGCUCCAUGAAGGGCAGCGCCAGCCUGCCCCGCGACUCCAGGAUUCCCAUCAGCGUGAAGCAGGUACUCCCGUCUCACUCGGCCAGCCAGGGGGCGCUCGCCUCCGGCCCCCCGCGCGCCCCGCCCCCCCGGACCGAGCUUCCCCGCACCAAGAUCCCCGUGUCCAAGGUGCCCGUGCGGCGAACGAGCAACAACCCUGCCGGCGCUCACAGGAAGUAGUCCCCCCCCACGCCGCCGACCGACGGGAUCAGCGGAGUGCUCUGCGCACCUGGCCAACAUCACACGUCCCCACCGGGACGCGGGGGUCACCUUCGGAGAGCCUCGCUGCCCCGGGGGACGGAGGAGCCCGGAAGCGUCCGUCCGCACUGCGGAUCCACGGCGCCUCUGUCAGCAGCAGGGAAGCGGCGGCCCUUCCGUCCACACGGAAUACGCACUUGACAGCGCUGCACGCACACAGCCCGGUCACAGAAAGAGCGUGCGUGCGUGCGUCUGGAGGACAUCUGUAAGCGUAACGCAGCAGCGACGCUCGACUGAUCACCAGCCCGGGGCCCCCGUGGGGGGGCGGCGGCGGGGUCUCCGCACGUGUUCGAGCCGCUCGAAGACGGCAGCAUCACCAGCGCUACGCUACAUGUGCGUCCUCGAGGAGAGCCGGGCCUCGAACCCCGUGCCCCCGACCAGGAUCAGGGAACGUUCUUUGUUACCGUUGCUCCCGCCACAGUCCCCUUUUUGUAGAACCCACUUUGCUACUCCUUUUUGUAGAACAGCCCACCGCCCCCACCUUUGGUUAAGGGGACAUUUGUACCGUUUACUCAGAGGGACACGACCCAAAACGACCCCACACGGCACCAGGAAUUGUCACACCUCUGAAUGUGUGCAGCAGCUAGCAGGACACUACUGAGAGCCGCCUUCAGUUGCUCUUGUUCCUCCCUUUUUGUUUGUUUGUUUGUUUGUUUGUUUUCACCCUCGAUGCUCUCAGCGUCUCGCUGUUUCUUCGCCACCUGCUUUCAGUUCAUUUUUGUUGCUUCUCGGUUUGCGCUGUGAUGCCUGUAUGUUUGGUUUCUAACUUAAUAAAGAC